AUGGCGCAGCCCGUUAGUGUCGCGUCCAACACACCACCUGCACCGUCUCUGCAGGAGGCUACAAGAAAUUCAACACAGGCAUGGCAAACCCAUCUAGAAUCCCUAUUCCACCACGCCAAGGACCGUUUCCCAGAUGUGGUCUGGGAGUUCGUUGCUGAAGGUGCCGAUGAGCAAGAUCCAGAGGAAUAUGGUCCAUCGAGUGUGAUGGCCAAGCACAGCAAUGGUCCGGGGCUGGGUAUUAUUGAGGAGGUGUGGGGUCAUAAAGCAAUCGUAUAUGCACGCGCCCCGCCCUCUUUCCAAAGCCGCUACUUCCGCCCCAUUGGUGGCGCGCCAUCUCCCCUUCCCUAUCCCGCCGAGUCGAAUCUUUCCCUUGGGUAUGCAGACCCAUCCGCAUCGACGCCCGCACUUGGAGCCCUGGUUCCUCGUACACCAUCACCCUACGGACGCGCCGCAAGCCCGACAACGACCCUCGCUACCUCACAUGCACCAACUGGACAGACCGGCCCCAGUCUCCUUCGUUUAACAACAUCUAUCAACCCGACACUUUUUUCGAACGAGCUCGAGUAUCUCUACACCGGCAAAGGCUUCGGCGAGGCGUUCGAAUUUUUGUUCGACUCCUCUGAAGCACGCGAUCACGGCCUAUUAACCAAUGGAUUGGCAGGGGAUGGCAGUGAGGUCGACGAGGCAGAGGCUUUGCGGAUUGAUAAACUCAGGAAAGACCUGGUCUUCAUGUGGCGUUCUCGUCUCUAUUCAGACGUGCGACUUGCCCUCACUGGCAAUUUUGGUGGCUCGCACGAGAGCACAACGGCCAUUUUCUCCUCCCACCGCUUCAUCCUCGUGUCACGGUGUUCCUACUUCCAUACCGCACUUAUCGCCUGGCCCACCAAGACCACAAGCACAGAUGGCGAGCCACCGACGCUUAAUUUACCCUCUCCCCCCUUCACUCCCGCCUCUCUUCAUUUUACCCUCGGUUUCAUCUACACCGGCACACUCGUUUUCUCGCAUCGCUCGUACGACCUCAGCACCGCGUUCGCCAUCCUUCGCGCAGCACUGUACCUCACCUUGCCCUCAUUGCAUGAUGAAAUCCAGGCGCGCAUUGCGCAGGAGAUGUGUCAUGGCCUCUUCCAUGCCUUCUUACCCUUCUCCGAAUACGAGUCAAUUACAGGCGGCAGAUGGGGCACCGGCGGAUGCAGAUGCCGACAAUGCGCGAGGCGAGCUCCGAGGGUCCUUGAGUUCGCCCUGGCGGAAGAUGUACGUAACACCCACCUGGAACGAGGAGCGCGAAGAGCUUUAGUGGGACUCUUCGGCGAAGGCUGGUGUAACGUCGAGUUCGCGUCUCUUCCGCAGAAAAUCCGUGACUCCGUCGUCAGGGGCGUGGGCAAACGCACCACCCCUCUGAACGCGUUCGCGCUCCUCUGGGCAGCGGAGCACGCCUUGGCCAAGCUGGAAUCCAACAUUGACGUGUGGAAGGAGACGGUGAAGGAAAUGAUACUGACUGUGAGGAAGGGCGUGGAUGAGUGUGUGGCGAAGGAGGCGGAACAGUGCUUCGAGAGCGAGGAGUGGAUGGAGAUCGUCGAGAGCGAGGGUGCGAGGUUUGAGGACGGGGAGAGGGUCGACUGGGCAAUGAAGGCGGUAAUGCGAGGAGUAAAGGAUGGAUGGGCUGCCCUUUUGUAUCAAACACUAGUGUCCUCUAUCCUCCUCCGGCCUCACCCCACCGACACAAAUGCACCACAACUAUCAGCUACUUCACACAUCCGUGUUGCGGUCGAGGAAACGCGUGUAGAGUUACUCAAGUGGAUCGCUAAACGCUGGUUGGCCAUCCGCCAGGAAAGAGGCUUUGAUGCACUUGAGGGGUGGGCGAUUAAAGAAAUCAGUGAUCACAUCGAAGUACCAAUCAACGACCUCCUCAAUCCACCAGCUUACUCUUCUCCAAAGUCACAGUCUCCUGCAUCCGCCACCAAACGCGCUCAAGGCACUGGCCAACGUUCAACCCACUCCGCUCUUCUCCUCCGGCCUAUCUCUAGUCACCCCCACACGUCCAAGGUCGAUCCAGAGAGUGACGUUGCUAGCAGCAUGCGUGUCAGCGUGCUCAGCCGCAAUCUGCCAACGAGAAGCGCUGCAUCCUCUGUUCGUGACAGAGAACGGACUCAGAGCUCGGCAGGCUCGGUCCGGAGCCUUGCGAAAAGUACGACGGAGUCUGUGGCGAGCAAUAGUACGGUAUCCGCUACCCCACGACGGCGCGUUGUGGCCGGUGAUGGCUCAGGACCAGGGAUGUCUCCUGCGAAGAGGCUUGCCAACGAGGUGCGCGCUGGACGAGGCUCUGGCGUAUUGGACAAAGACGAAGACCACGACAGACCAGACUCGAAGCUCACGCCCUCAGCGUCAUACGUCAGUCUUGAUACUGCAAGCAGCAUGGCACCGUCGAUCAUCGAGCCUCCUGGUGAUGAUAGGUACUCGAUGACCGAGGAUGGCGAGUAUGCGGAUGGCGAGGAGGGCUAUGGCGCUGAGGAAGAUGUGACGGACGAAGGUUACCAGGAGGACAUGGAUCUCGACCACAAGGAGGGUGACUCGGUUCUAGGUGACGAGCGAAGUGAAUACGGGCAUCGUGAUACCGAGGACGACGCGCAAGAGGACAGUCACGACGGGGAUGCUCAGACGGAGAGCGAGAUGUACGAAAAUGCACGGGAGGAGCUCGACCCGACGUCGCCACGAUCCUCGGUUACCGGUUCCAGGGUGCUGAAAGGCAAGGCAGCUGAGAACCAUUCGACUCCUAUCAAGAAGACGCUCAUCACACGGGCUUCGUUGGCGAGCGUGCAGUCGAAGAAGAGUAUACUGCCAUCGUCGACCUCCCCCACCAACUCGAAAUCUUCUUCCGCUUCUAUCAAGUCCACGAAUACGCUUCGCAAAACCAGCACGACAACCUCCCCUGCGCGAUCCCCCACUAAUGCAGCUCCUCGACCAAGCUCGAGAGGCAGCACACGAUCUACCGUUGCAUCCCGCCUCAAUGUCAGCGUCACUGGCUCCGGAGCUCGUGCUAAGCCCAUCUCGAGGCCUGUCUCCCGUCCCACAUCCCGCCUAUCGACGACAUCGACCAACAGGGUUUCGACUGUCUCGACCGCUACGGGUAGUGCCGCGACGUUCCGCACUGCUAGUACUGGCGGUGCACUGGCCACCCCGACAGCUCGCUCCAGACGAACGUCAGCCGCGUCGAAUGCCAGUGUAAGGACUGCUGGACCCCCUUCACCUGUCAACGAGCGCUCGAGGAAGAUUUCGAGCACGAGUGUGAGUUCAGUAGCCAGCGCGCGGUCGACCGCUGCGAGUACUAAGACAACACCAAGAGUGAUGAAGAAGUCUGUGUCGGCUGGCGCGGCGGACUCUAAUAAGCUCAGCCCGGCGGCGGCGAUCGCUGCGUCCGCGAGCACAGGAAAGAUUCCCUCGUCUACUUCGACGCGGCCAGGUGGUACUUCGACACCGAAGAAACCUGUUCCUGUCCCUCUUCCGUCGAGCAAGAAGUCUCUGGCCUCCAAGAAGUCUACCGAAUCUCUGGUACCACCGACGCCACCCUCGAAGACGGUGUCUGUUGCUGCUGACCCUGCUUCGGAGCUUGAACUCGAGGUCAAGGAUAUCACAAAGGACUCGAAACCGAAGAACGACGCCGAGAAGGAGAACGUCGUACCUACCCAAGCUCCAUUAGCAGAUGUACCGGAAGAGCAGCAAGGUAAUGAAGCCCCGGUGGCAAACACCUCGAGCACGAUGACGAUCAAGGCUCGCCCCCGCCCCGAUAUCCUCCACAACGAGCAUAAGAAGACCAGCAGCGCCGCCUCUAUCUCUAGUGUGGCUACUGUCACGAAGAGAGGCUCCACGGACACGAUAAAAACCGUUAAAUCCGGCGCGGCGUCAUCUGUGGCUCUCUCUUCUGCCUCAGGCGGUUCCGGGAAGCAGAACAGGCCCUUACCACCUCCACCUCAGGAAGAACAAUCUCCCUCGAUGUCUGCGCGUGCACCUCUCGCCCCUCAUCCACAACACCAAGCAUCCUCUACGCUUUCCACGCAACCGAGCUCGAUCGACCAAGUUCUGGCUGAUUACGUCCCGCAAGGUGCUACGCUCGAAAUCGGCAUCCCUUGCAUUAUCUCUUCAAAACGAAAGCGGUUCAAGGCGUACGCAAGGUACAUCGGAGAGGUCCACGGCGAGACGGGUCCCUGGGUUGGAGUGGAAGUCCCCAUGCCCAUCGGCGGUGACACCUGGGGCGACCGUGACCUCGACGGAAGUGUCAUGAGCAGUAGUGGCAGGCGCGACGACGACCGCCAGUGGAACGACGGCUCGUGGGGAGGUAUUCGAUACUUCGAGAUUGGAGGUGCCGGCUCAGAGGUAGACUAUGGUGAGGAUCGGGCGUCGCGAAGGCGCAGAAUCGAUGCUGGCAGUGUAGGUGGUGCGGUCUGGGGGCGGGUCGAUGGCAAAGGGGUGUUGAAGAGGGAGGGUGAUCAGCUGAGUAUCGCGUCGGAGAGGAUGAAACGCAUGCGGAGCGCAAGCCCCGCGGUGUCUGAGAUGUCGGGCACGGAGUCGAGAGGGCUGUUCGUACGCCCACAGCAAGUCCUCUAUGUGAUGGAUGCCGUUGACUCUGAUUUGUGA